AUGUUUAGAAACAACUACGACAACGACUCGGUCACAUUCUCCCCGCAAGGGCGGAUAUUCCAGGUCGAAUAUGCGGCAGAGGCAGUCAAGCAGGGCUCCGUGGUGGUGGGGAUCGCCAGCAAGACACAUGUCGUCCUGGUAGCAAUCAAGCGCAACGCCGAAGAACUCUCCUCCUACCAAAAGAAACUCUUCCCCAUCGACGAGCACGUCGGCAUCGCCAUCGCCGGUCUCACCUCCGACGCCCGCGUCCUCUCCAACUUCAUGAAGCAGCAGUGUCUCGGCCACCGCCUCACCUACGGCCGCAACAUGCCCGUGCGCACCCUCGUCGACAUGAUCGGCUCCAAAGCCCAAAUCAACACCCAACACUACGGCAAGCGGCCCUACGGCGUAGGCCUGCUAGUCGCGGGCGUCGACGAGCAAGGCCCGCACCUGUUCGAGUUCCAGCCCAGCGGCAUGACCGAGGAGAUGGUGGCGUUCGCCAUUGGCGCCCGGUCUCAGAUGGCUCGGACCUACCUGGAGAAGAACAUCGACAAGUUUGCUGAGUGUGGUCGUGAUGAGUUGAUCCGCCAUGGUCUGCGCGCGCUGAAUGAGAGUUUGGUGCAGGACCGUGAGUUGACGGUGGACAAUACGAGUGUGGGUGUUGCGGGCGCGGUGAGGGCGUCGGAGCAGGAUGGUGGGAGCAUUGCGGUUGAGCCGUUCCAGGUGUAUGACCAGCAGGAUGUUGCGGCGUGGAUAGAGAGUGUAGCGGAGGAUAAGGAGGGUGAUGCUGGUGCGGGUGAGGGUGGUGAUGCGGCUGGGGAGGGUAUGGAUGUCGACUCAUAA